AUGAGAAACCACCCCCCCCCCCCAGCCAUUCGUGAAGGACGCAAACCGGUCAUCUUUCUCCUUCUUCUUAAUUUUCUUGUUGAUUUAUCAGAUCGCAACGUAUUAGCAAACAAAAACAAUGCUGAUCACAAAUUUAACAAAGAAACUGGUUACAAGGAGGAGGCAUCAAAGUGUGACAUUUACAAAGGAAGUUGGAUUUAUGACAAUUCUUCUGAUCCUCUCUAUGGAACAUCGACUUGUCCGUUCAUGGGAUUAGAUUGCCAAAAAUUUGGUCGGCCGGACAAGAAUUACCUCUAUUACCGGUGGCAACCAACCGGAUGCGACAUCCCAAGAUUCGACGGACGAGAUUUCUUAACGAGAUUCAAAGGGAAGAAAAUACUGUUUGUGGGAGAUUCACUGAGCAACAGUAUGUGGGUGUCGCUAAGUUGCAUGCUUCACGCGGCCGUUCCCAACGCUAAUUAUACCUUCAACCCCGACAAGCUCCUCUCUACCUUCACCAUUCCGGAAUAUGGAAUAUCGGUAAAUUAUCUGAAAAAUGGGUUCCUGGUGGAUUUGGUAGCGGACAAAACAAGAGGAUUGGUACUGAAACUAGAUUCGAUCAGUACCGGAAAUCAAUGGUUGGGAUCAGAUGUUUUAAUCUUUAACACCUUCCACUGGUGGACUCACACCGGUCGUUCUCAGACAUGGAACUAUUUCGAAACGGGAGAACAAAUGGAGAAAGAGAUGAAUAGAAUGGAAGCUUUCAAGAUUGCUUUGACAACUUGGGCUAAUUGGGUUGAUCGCAACAUUGAUCCUUCAAAAACUAGGGUUUUCUAUCAAGGCGUCUCUCCCGUUCACUUAAUUGGUAGUGAAUGGGGUAAACCGGGGAAAACUUGCUUGGGAGAGACGGAACCAGUAAACGGACCAGAUUACAGUACCGGAGGAGAGAAUAAGAACGAAGGCGAGGCUAUAGUGAGAAGUGUGAUCGGAGGGAUGGCUAAACCGGUGAGCCUCCUUGACGUGACGGCUAUGACGGAGCUGAGGAAGGACGGUCACCCUUCCAUCUACGCCGGUAGAGGACCUAGCUAUAAUGACUGUAGCCAUUGGUGCCUCCCUGGAGUUCCCGAUGUAUGGAACCAGCUACUCUAUAUCUCUCUUCUCGGCAACGUUUAAAUUAAUGCUUUUGGGAGGGUCAUAUAAAGAAGUAAAACGUUUCUUUUUUUUUGUUGAUCUGAAAAUGAAUAAUUGUCAUGUUUAAAUACCCUAUAUUUAUA